UAAGUUUCAACAUUUUUCACAAAAAUUUUUGUAGGGUUGACAUAUUUCGGAAGGCCACGAAACAAGUGAACCGCGCGUCAGCCGAUGACGACAAAUUUGACAAUAACCUGCAUGCAGGUUAAGUUUUAUGUUGUAGGUACGGUCGAGUGCAUAAGUAGCGUAGUUUGUGUAAAAUAAUCACUGUUCAGCAAUGAUGCAUUGUAAGUGUAUCUACGCUCCAUACUUCAGCUAUUAUUUGCAAGGAUACAAUAUAAGAUCUACAUCACAAUUCACGCAAUUCAAUUGGUAAUAACCAAAUCGUUACAGUUGUCUAAAUACAACUUUAAUUACAUACCUUACAGUAUAAUAAAAUAUGUUAGUUAAGGUUUUGCUCCAUUGUUAUACGGGAAUCCCUCGGGAGCUCGGGGCUUUUUAAGUAUCACAAUCCAUAACCCCCGCGGGAACAAUACAAGUCUUUAUCCUUCAGUAUAUUGCAUGAAAUAAGAUCUUUUAUGACUUUUAUGAGCAAGUGUAUACUUACUUUACUCUUUGACAAGUGUGAUGAAAAUUAAAUAACUGUUGCAUUCUCUUCAGGCCAACAUUGACAGACGUCAAUCCACAUCCGUUUGUCAGGAAAUGAUACCUAAUAUUAGAUUACAAGCUUUACAUUUCUUUAGCAAAGACCUUUUAAAAUCUAGCCGACAAUUUUUUCCGUUUCAAGAAUGGAAGCGGUUAAGUGGAUGUGCAGCAAGCGUUUGAUCUCGUUACGCAGCGGGCGCGCACACGCGCCGCCGAACACUGAUUGGACACUGAUUGCUUCUGUUAUCGCGCUUCUGCAGCCUCCAACCCUCUACAAAACAUGUUAAACCCCGACAGAGUAUCGCUUAUCCUUUACAAACGUUUUAAGAACGAUAGAGACAGUAUGAUUUGGUAUACUGUGGUCCUUGUAGCCGGAUGAGUUGAUGUCGGAGAUGGAUCGUGGUUGCGGCAUUGAGUGGGAGGCUACGGACGCGGCAUGAGCGCUGAGGAGCGAAGUCUAGUUGCCUUCGUGCUCGUCUACCUGACAUUCUUCUUAGAUAAUGUUCUGCUGACCGUGUUAGUGCCCAUCAUCCCGGACUGGGUGCACGGCGGCGAGCUGGCGCGCUGGACGGCGCAGGACACGCCGCCGCCGCUGGCCGCGCUGCUCAACCACACCGUGCGCCAUGCCAUUGCACACGACAACGACACUCACGCGCAUACCUUAGUUGAGAGCGUCCGACGUGGAGGAAGCACGGCAGUGGUGGGCGUGGUGCUGGGCGCGAAGGCUGCCGCGCAGUUGGCGGCGGCACCGUGGGCUGCUCGAGCUGCGUGUGGAGGGGCGGCACGGGCGCUCGGUGCGGGCACGGCGCUGCUGGCGGGCGCAGCUGGUGUGUUCGCGGCGUGCGGCGCUGGCGGCGGUGCGUGGUGCGCAGGUGCGGGGCGCGUGCUGCACGGCGCGGGGUCGGCGCUGACGGGCGUGGCGGGGCUGGCAUUGGUUGCCGCCUGUACACCGCAGCGGCUGCCGGCACUACUAGGCGCUGUGGCACUAGGUGUUUUGGUUGGCUACCCGACAGGCGGGCUACUCGACGCCGCUUGGAGUUUCCUCUUGCUGGCUGCUUUGCUUCUGGCUAACUUAGCUCUACAAUGUGUAUAUUUACGAAAAGAGGAAUUUAAUCGGGUGACCGGCAGUAGCGGCGGUUCGUCCAGUGCAGGAGGCGCGGGCUACGCCGCGCCGGCCGCGGCGUGCGCAGGCUGCGUGCUGCUCACCACCUGCGUCAUGGCCGCCCUCGAGCCAACCCUGCCGCCGUGGAUCCGCGCGCGCUUCCAUCCGCAGCGAUGGCAGACGGGCAUCGUGUUCGUGCCCGAUAGCGCGGGCUACCUACUGGCGACGUCGUGCGCGGGGCUGGCGGCGCGCGCGCUCGGCGCCGAGCGCGUGGCUCUGGCGGGCCAGGCCGCCGUUGGCGUCGCUGCGCUGGCGCUCCCGCACGCGCCUACGGUUUGGUGGCUUGCGCUGCCGCACGCGGCGCUGGGCGGCGGGCUGGGCGCGGCCGACGCGGCUUUGGUGCCGGCGCUCCUGGCGCGGGCGCCGCGGCAGGUGCCGCACCUCGCAGCCCUGCUGCAGGCUGCUUCAAGCGCUGCUUAUGCUCUAGGCCCUGCACUAGGCGGGCUGCUGGCGUGGCGCUGCGGGUUCGCCACGGCGCUGCGCGUGCUCGGCGCCGCCAACCUGCUCUACGGCAUGUUUCUCUACACCCGGCUCAAGAAAGACCCACUCUCGACACAGUGGGGCGCCAGUACGCCUGAUGAGGACGACUCCGAGGCGUGCGAGUCUGGAGUAGAGAGCACGCCGCUUCGACCGCGGCAGUAUACGCAGCUGCACUAGAAGCACUACUUCCGCUCGAGACAUUUACAACACUUUUUUACUAGGUACCUACUACUCGUACAGUGGUAUUAGUGGCUCAUUGCGACUCUACAUAACACUCUGCCUGAAAAAUAUUAAUACCUAUAACUCAUCAUACUAGAUACAACCAUUGUGUCUAAUUGUCUGUAAAGGAUUUUGAAGUACUUAUACAUAAUAUCUGGCUGAAUUUAACACAUAGGAUUGCGCUAGUUUCUGUCCAUGCUCUAGUUUUCGUCCAUUUGACGGAUUAGCAAAUAAUAUAAUAUAUGUAUUUAAUUUGCUAUUUGACAAUUAAGGAUUGCGAUAAGUCGAAAUUUGUACAGCGAUAGGUUUAUAUUCAAAUUUCGUCAAGUGGACGAAAACUAGAGCUGGGCGAAAACUAGCACAAUGACCCUAUUUUAAUCAUUCUUAUUCUGGAAAUUAUCUUUAAGCUUGUUAUACAGUAUCCAACUGUCCAACUACUUACUUAAAUAAAUCGUACUUAUAAA